UUGAAAUAAUAAUAAAUACCAAACUCUCACAAUGGAGCCCACGCCUGAACCUCUCCGCCCCCAAAGAGAACGACUGGUUGACAGAGUGAUGUACUGUGGAGCUGCUAUCGUCUUCUUCCAUUUCGUUGUUGGCAGUAUACUUGUCUGAUGUUAUGGAUGCGAUGUCCACAAAAAGCAUACAGGGAUUAGUGCAAAAUUCCUAAUUUUAUUCACUUCAAUCUUGCGCCUUUGCUGCUUAAUUCCUUGUAUCAUUUUACUUCUAUUGCUAUUUAAGAAAGGAUGCAUAUCUCUUCAUCUCAUCUGAGUUUUGAACCUUCUUUUGCUGCUUCUUUAUCUGCCUUGGGCUAUUUACCUUUCGAUAAAAUUUUUCUCUGAUGACAAUCACACCAGACGUGAAGCGAAAUUUUUGUACGGAGCUCUUCUGUACCUGAUGAUUGAAGGGUUUGUACUAGUCUUGAUAUUUUUGAUAUUGAUCGUGGUGUAUAUUGUUAUCUUCCUCAUUAACAAAAAGAAUUCCCCCAAAAACGAUAUCUGUUGCGUAUGCCAUGAAGAACUCACUGACCAUGUUAACUCUGUGGCCCAUUUCCCAUGCAAUGAAUCUCACUUCGGUCACAAAGAAUGUGUGUCUAGAUGGAUUAGAGAAAAGAAAGCUUGCCCGAUCUGUAAUAGCCCAAUUAAUGAAGCUACCGAGAGGGUAGCUGUUGGAUAUAACACUUUCGAGGAACAUUCCUUUAGUUCAGAUAAAGGAAAAAGCGAACCAACUCCUGACCCAAAUACAACAAGAUCCCCUUUUAUUGAUGCUGGAAGAACUUCUUGGAGACAAGACCCUUAA